AUGGAGUCGUGCGACAUGGGCUCUCUCACCGACGUCCUCAACGUAGUUGGCCACGAUAAGGUCAGCGAAGUGGACAUGGCGUAUAUUCUGCGCGAGGUUGUCAAGGGUCUCAUCUACCUCCAUUCCAUCAAUAUUGCUCACAGGCUGAUGAUCAUGCUCCUCCAUAGGGACAUGAAAGCGGCCAAUGUUCUGCUGACAAAGACUGGACAGCCCAAGAUCGCCGACUUCGGUACUUCGGUGCAGCUCCAGAACGCGACCAAGGGCGCCCAGACCUUCACCGGCACACCGCUGUUCAUGAGCCCGGAGGCUCUGAGCGAGGAGAGCUACGGCGUGAAGGCAGACAUCUGGUCGCUGGGGAUUACGGCCAUUCAGAUAGCUGACGGCAAACCUCCCCUCGCCGAUAUGAACGUUGGCCGGGCCAUGCUGGCCAUCAUUCACGGCAGUUCGCCGACGCUGAAGGAGCCCAAGAAGUGGUCCAAGGAGUUCAACGAUUUUCUGGCCGUGUGCCUGAGGAAAAGCCCUGACGACCGCCCAGAGGCCGAAGAGCUGCUGAAGGUCGUAUUCACGCUCGGUCAUCCGUUCCUGAUGAACGCCAAAGAAGUACACGUGCUCAGCUUCCUUAAGGAAUACCGGCUGAAGGUCAAGGACCGGCCUGCCUUGGAGCGCACGUUCUCCUUCAUUCAGCAAAGCGACCCGCGUCAGUUCCGACAGAGCCACUCGCCCUCGGCGGAGCUGAUCAAGCAGAGCAUCCUCGCCGAUUCCAGCAAGCAGGGACUGCAGCGCGUGUCGCAGGACAUGAGCCCCAUGCUGGCCGGCACCGGCAACUCGGCCGGAAUCCCAAACUCGCCGCUCAACGCCCCGCCCUCUCCCUACGCCCCUCAGCUCUCCUCCUCGCCCACGGCCUCCGGCGGCUCGGCCUCCUCGUCUCCGCCCAUGGGCGCCCUCCGGCACCCCAACUCCCCCGGGCUCUCGCCACCCGCUACCGCCGCCGCCGCGUCGCCCGCCACGUCAGCAGUCGGGCCGCCCGAGAUCGAUCUGCACACCGGCGCCACCGCGUCCAAGCCCAUCGACAUCGGCUCACCGAGCCUAGAGAGACGUCUGUCACCGCUGACGCGGGUCAACACGGGGGACUUGCGGCGGGCCUCAGUUGCGCCGGAGAGCGAGGCCAGGCGGAUGUCGGUCGCCGGCAGCGGCCCGAUGGCCCGGCCGAGCACGACCUACGGCCACAUGACCCCGAUCGUGCUGGACCCCAGCGAUCGGCCGGCCGACAGGCAGACGACAACGAGCGGCGAGUCGGGCCUCGGGUCCAAGAAGAGCUUCCACAGCCAGCUCUCCGCCAAGCUCGACAAGAAGGCCGAGGACGAGAAGAAGAGUCGGCCCAGCCUCAGUCGGCCGAAAUCGGAUCGAGCGCUCCAGCGCCAGGUGUUGGACUCGAAGGCCUCCACCCUCAGGGAUACGAAGACGAAGGACAAGGCCGACUCCGAGUUGAAGGCCAACCUGGAGCUGCGCAAUUCCUCAGAAGAGAUUCGACGACGCAGCCCCAUCGACUCUGAUGAACCCGCGUUGGACGCGGCGCUACAGAACUCAGAGCGGUUGGAGGACCUGGUGGGCAUCCUCAAGGACCUGCUGGCCAAGGAGCGCCUGCGGGUGCGCGAGGCCUCGGACGAGAUCGGCAAGUGGAAGAAGAUCGCCAACGACCUCCAGCGCGAGCUCGACGACCUCAAGCUCAGCCUCGAGCAUCCGUCGUCGUCAUCGUCAUCGUCAUCGUCGUGA